UAUCGUCAUCGUCGUCGCACAAAGUCGCAAGCAAGCAAAGUGAAAACAGUCUGCGAGUGAGUUUGCGAUUGAUCGAUCACGUCAUUUUUCGCCGUGUUCGUGGUACACCAAGAAGUGUUGUGCAAAGCAAGUAGUGUAGAUCGGUUUGGAAUAAUUGCGUUUUAUUUUUGUAACAUCUUUAGUGAUUUGAUGUGCGGAAUGUGAAUGGUUGUAGCCGAAACGGAAAAAUUUUCACCUUCGACCCUGCGACGUCGUUUUGUGUCAUUUACAGCUUGUGGAAAACUACCGAGCGAGGAAAUACGAAAGCAAAGUGAUUAGGAAUAAGUAAAAAUAUUAGUAUCAAAUCGAAUACGACGAACAACCCGUAAAGUGGAAUAGAGAAAAGAGGUACUAGCUUCUCUGUCUAGCUAAUCGAAUCUUCUACCGAAAAUAAUUCCAUCAGCUCGCGUCAGCCUAUCCCGUUCUUUCGUAUAUUGUUUGUAUCUCGUACCCUUUCUCUUGUGUGUGUAUUCGUCUGUACCACCGAACAAGUAGGCAACAAUACAACGAAAAGUUUAAAGGUGUUCCGUUCUUGCAUGUGUGGUGUACGGUAUUAAAGUAAUGUGGUGUUUUUCAUGCGUCUCUGCUCCGACUAAUUCAGAACCAAUGGCAGCCAUCCGCAAGAAACUUGUGAUCGUCGGCGACGGUGCCUGCGGUAAGACGUGUUUGCUGAUCGUAUUCAGCAAGGAUCAGUUCCCGGAGGUUUACGUGCCGACCGUGUUCGAGAACUACGUGGCCGACAUCGAGGUGGACGGAAAACAGGUCGAGCUAGCGUUAUGGGAUACGGCAGGUCAGGAGGAUUACGACCGGCUCAGGCCGCUGAGCUAUCCAGACACCGACGUUAUACUGAUGUGCUUCUCCGUCGAUUCGCCCGAUUCGCUGGAAAAUAUACCCGAAAAAUGGACCCCCGAGGUCAAACAUUUUUGUCCAAACGUACCCAUUAUUUUAGUGGGCAACAAAAAAGAUCUCAGAAAUGAUCCCCACACAAUUAAGGAAUUGGCCAAAAUGAAACAGGAGCCAGUGAAGCCACAGGAAGGACGUGCAAUGGCCGAGAAAAUAAACGCAUUCGCUUAUUUGGAGUGUUCGGCCAAGUCGAAAGAGGGCGUACGCGAGGUGUUCGAAACUGCCACCAGGGCCGCGUUACAGGUCAAAAAGAAGAAGAAGAGUAAAUGUGUUUUGCUCUAAAAGAGCAAAAUGAGCGCUUACUGGAUGAGAAACAAGCAACAAAACAGCAUACACAAACACACGCAUACACGCCACACGUUUCGCGGAGAGGAUGAGAAGUGUUAGAGAAGCGCGCAGGAUAAGCAAACUGCUGGAAAAGGAAAACCAACUACUAAAAAACGAGUCUAUCUCUACCGUAUAAAAGUAACUACAAAAAAACACAACAUACACACUCUCAGUACGCCAGCGAAAGAAAACACGAGAAGAGUUAUAACGAGCAUCAUUUUUUUCCAAUUCAACUUGUCGAAAGUGAAAAAAAAACAAAAAACCCCGGUAUUCUUUCCUCUCCAAUCAUUUUUAUUACUUGUCGCGCGGGCAUCUAUUAGAUGUGUUUUUAUUACUAAUUAAUAAUGAUAAAACUCCUAUUAUUAUACUUUAGAAUAUAUGAAGCAAAGAUUAUUUGGAAGGAAGUGAAAACAUGUUGAAGAUAACAGUCUAAAUAAAAGGCUAGAUUUUUAAACAAACACACCAUCAGGUAUGUGAAAUGGUGGCGAAAUAUUAUACUAACACUUACUGAGAAAUAUGAGAAGCCGAAGAAAAAAUCGUCAAAAGCAGAACGGGCUUUUUUUCUGAACGUCCAAGUGAAAACCAACCAACCAACAAGCACCCGCAAAAGUUGACUGUCGCUCCGUUACACAAAGUUGUCUUUCGUUUGUCCGGGAGACUGUUCAACCUCGCGAGAGGUGGUCUGGUUCGAUACAUCGGAGAGGUCGUCAAGAAUUUGAUACCAAGCAUAAAUUCCUUGUGAACUGCACUAAUCCGAUGUCCGAUGUUCAGAAAAUGGCUCCUCGCCGAAAAUGUUCAACAAGGCAAGAACCAGUCACACAAAACCGCCGGUAGCAACUAAUAGUUCGGUCAGCGGGUAAUCCCGAGCAAGUGAAUACAUAUGCUGGAAACACUCGAACACCUUGUGCUAGAGAAAUGAGAAACUGCCAACUGGACUGGUAUUAGCAUACAACACAAUUACCAUCGCCUUUGGAUACUAUCGAAUCCACCGCUACCAGGCCUCCCUUUUACGGGUCAUUGUACACCUUGCCUCUCCACCCUUUGAAGGCAACUUUCUUUCUCCUGAUUUGAAGAAAAAUUAAAAAUAAAAAUUUCACCAAAAGUGAAUGUACGAAGUACGAUCGAGUGUUUUACACUGGGAAUUUACUUAGUAUUUGUAACAUAUAGGGAAAGAUAACACACUUUUGACAACCCAAAUUGUACUCUGUAAGCUCUUUGUAUUUUAAAGUAUGCACAAAUCUACAUUGAAUAUUUGAAUAAUCAAAUCACUAUAAACAAAUGUAUCUAGCUUGUUUAGGUUUGCAUUUAUUGCGAUUAGCUGCACCUGUUGUUUUAUGGUGUCGAAUUUUGAAGCAAUUUUCUAGCUCAAUGAGCACUUUUUGCCACACACCGCGGAAACAGCAUCUUAAGAUAGCGUGUAUGUGCUUGUGUUUACCUCAGAAAGAUAAAAGAAAACUAAUUUUCUCGUCUUACUGCUGGGAAAAAAACUGAACCAUAAAUGUGAGAAAAAAGUGCUGAACAUAUUAUAAAAUCUAGAAUUAACUAAUCGUAUGCUGAGUGAAAUAGAUCAGCAAUUUAAUCAUUUUAUGCCGCAGUGAUUUAAAUUUUUGGUAGCUUCGUAUCAUGAGGCGAAAUUUGUGUUGAAAAUCGUUUCAGAACAGAAGUCAUACUAAGCUGAUAUGCACUUGCAAUUAUUUUUCGGAUUGUUGACUCAUGCACAACUAAUUAUUUCCCGAUUUUAAUGAAUGGAACGAGAAAGUAAGAAUAAAAAUCAAUCGUGCUUAGAAUAAUCAAUUGUAAUUUAAUUAUUUUAUGAGAGCUAGCAAAGUAUCGCAUAUUAAUCCAACAUAUUUACGGACCCAAACCUGUAACCUGAAAAGGAACAACAAUAUUUCCAGAUUAUAACGAAAACACCCCCACGAAAACCAAACUCCCAACGGUAGGUAAACUCCUCACCAAAUAACAUAGCAGCAUACACAUACACUCACUGGGGGAUCUUACUAUUACUAACUAACACAUGCUACAUACACAUACAUCUAGAGACUUCAAAUAGGUAAAAGUAAUCAAUUGAAAUUUGAAUGAAAGGAAGCCACUUUUUCAUUUUAAAGCUAUCAUUCGUAUAAGAAGUAAAACUUAUAUGUAAUACUGAUUAGUUAAAUAAUCGAGCAGGCAAAGGAAGUAAACAAAAAAAAGAUGUUUUUAAAACUUUUAUUGAUUAUAAAUAAACAGAAAAAACUUAUGUUUUCAGAAA